UAAUCCAAUUUUCGGCCUACAUCGGAGUUUGAACUUAAUAUACGCGACAGAUAUGAAAAGUCCUAACAAAGUCUUAUCAUAAAUGUGUGUCUUUAAGUUCACGAAUCAUUCCGAUGAUAUGAACUAGAACCUUAGUUUUAGACCUUUAUGUCUUAUCUUACGUCUUCUUAUACAACUUGCCGAGGAAUAAAAUCUCAAACCGAUAGCAUCUACAGGUGAGUGAACAGUUGGAAAGAGAUUGAGUCAUCAUGUGGUAUUUCUUAGCUCUUGGGUUGCUGCAUUUAUGUUCAGGGACUACUAUUACGCUUCGAAAUAACUGUGGAUAUACAGUAUGGGCUGGUAUGUACGCCAGAACCAAAUCAAAUCCAAGGUACGUACCUCCCAGCGGUGGUGGAUGGCAUAUGAGUCCCGGUCAGGUUGUGAAUAUACCUGUUCCGAAUGAUCUUAUAGCUGGACGUUGGUGGGGACGAACUGGCUGCAGAACAACUAAUGGGCAUUUCCACUGCGAAACAGGGGACUGUGGACCUUGGUUAGAUUGUGGAAAUCAUCACUCAACAGGUGAACCUCCAGCAUCCCUUGCAGAGAUAACCUUGAACUCUCCACAGGAUUUCUACGAUCUAAGUUUGGUAGAUGGAUUCAACAUUCCAUUGACCCUUAAACCCACGAGUCGAUAUGGUGGAGGUAAUGCUUACUGGUGCAAGGAAGCCUUUUGUAGAACAGACAUGAAUGCAAUAUGUCCUUCAGAAUUACAAAAAGUAGUUAACGGCCGUGUAGUCGGUUGUAAAUCUGCUUGUGUUGCCUUCCAUAGGGAUGAAUACUGUUGUGCCGGAGCGCAUAACCGACCGCAAACAUGCAACCCUGCCACAUGGCCGAAGGAUUAUCAUGCAGUUUUUAAAAAUCCUUGCCCAACAGCUUACAGCUAUGCAUACGAUGACCAUACUAGUACAUUCACAUGCCAAAAUACAAAUUAUGAUGUUAUUUUCUGUUAAUAAAAUAUGCAAGACUAAUA